AACGGAAAUGGAGCACUGGGAAAGUAAACGCAGUUGUGCAGUGCAGUAACAUCGAUAGCAGACGUGGCGCAGGCGAUCAAGAGAACACGGUGAAACUCCCCCAAUAUUUCAGCUGGAACCAUUUCUCUCUGAUGGGGGAUUACGGAAUAGCUGUAUCCGCCAAUAUUGGAGGUUUAACGUCUUUAAAUAACAAACAUAUUUUACAGAGCAAAGGUUUAUUUACAUCAGAUCCAUCGCCAACUCGUACCAUGCAAGAUGACAUUUUACUCGAAAAAUCGACCAGUAAACAGACGCAGCAACUUCAAGUGAAUUCUGAAAAUGGAACUGAACAAAAUGGCGAGAACUUUGCUAAGAACGGGAAAAUUGACACUAAUGCGCAGUUGGAUGAUAGACGACCCGAUUUACUCGGAAAUGUGAGUACAAGUUCCAUGAAUGCUGGCGAGGUCACUAACGGUACGACAACAGCUGUCAUCUCAAUGUCGUCUGCCGCUCCGGCAUUUUGGUCAAACGCAGCAACAGAUGACAGUUUCGUCCAAGGAUUUCCCUCUGUUAAUGGUACUGUUGCAUUCCAACAGUUUCCUCCUACUGCAAAUAACAUGUUUAAUGCUGCACUGGCAUCCCAUAUGGGGAUGAACGUUCCCCCUCAGCAACAGCCACCCCCAAGGAGGGCGAUAACAGCACAUCAUAACUUUCCACAACGACAGGGUAUGAUGAUGAAUAACAAUUCUAAAUCAUAUCCCAACUGGAGUAACGCCCCCCAACCACCAUCAUGGUCACAACAAACACAAUCGUUCUCUACAGGAUGGGCAAAUGUUCCCCAGCAAAGAAGAUCUAUGCCCAGUAUGAAUCCAGUUCUUAAGAAACCCAGUAUUAACAACCAGUACCAUCGUGUCGGUCAAUCGACACCACUGAUAUCACCGUCCAAGUUUCGCCGAAGUACAUCUUUCCCAGGACAGAUGCACCAGACUGCCCUGCUUAAACCUAAUCUUGACUUGCAUAGCCUUGAUGACUCCCAAAGAGAUGCAGUACUGACCUACCAGGAUCGGAGUGGCUCAUAUGAUAGCAUGAGAUUUUCCUCAUUCGAGACCCAGCUCUUAGAUAUCAUGAGAUCUACUGGAGAUCCAAAUGAAGCUCUUAAAGGUAAACCUACAUUUGGUUUCGGAGAAGGACUCGAUGAGGAUGGUCUGGAUCAGUCUGGAGGGUCAUUUCACGGGGGCUCUCAGGGCUCCCCUGGGUCCCAGGGGGAACGUAUUGAGAGGUUUUCAAGGAAGGUCUUCGUUGGAGGUCUGCCGCCUGACAUAGAUGAAGAGGAAAUAACUGCAGCGUUUAGAAGAUUUGGUGCCCUGGUCGUUGACUGGCCCCAUAAGGCAGAGAGCAAGUCCUAUUUUCCUCCAAAAGGUUACUGCUUUUUACUGUUCCAAGAUGAGAUGUCAGUCCAAGCCUUGAUAGAAUCCUGUAUUGUAGAUGAUGACAAAUUGUACUGGUGUGUUUCCAGUCCUACAAUGAAAGACAAACCUGUUCAGAUCCGGCCAUGGAAUUUAAGUGAUUCUGAUUUUGUGAUGGAUGGUUCCCAGCCACUUGACCCGAGGAAAACUAUUUUUGUGGGAGGGGUUCCCAGACCACUGAGAGCAGUGGAGCUGGCAAUGAUUAUGGAUAGGUUAUAUGGCGGCGUAUGCUACGCAGGGAUUGAUACUGACCCAGAACUGAAGUAUCCAAAAGGGGCAGGACGGGUGGCGUUCUCCAAUCAACAAAGCUACAUUGCUGCUAUCAGUGCAAGAUUUGUCCAGCUCCAGCAUGGCGAGAUAGACAAAAGGGUGGAGGUGAAACCCUAUGUGCUGGAUGACCAAAUGUGUGAUGAGUGCCAAGGUGCCAGAUGCGGAGGGAAGUUUGCACCUUUCUUCUGUGCGAACGUCACCUGCUUACAAUACUAUUGUGAGCAUUGUUGGGCCCAGAUUCACUCUCGGCCAGGAAGAGAAUUUCAUAAGCCACUGGUAAAAGAGGGAGCUGAUCGACCCAGAGCUGUACCAUUUCGGUGGUGUUAGGGCAUGGUCAGAUUUUUUUGGGAAAAGGUGAAGAACUGCCUCGUAAAAAUGUUCAAAGUGGUGAAGCUAAUUUAUAUUAUUUAGAGGAAAGGCGAUGAUUAGAUUUUGAAAUGUGAAGUAUUUAUGAGAUCAUUUGAUACAAACAACAUUUAUAUAUUUAUCUGUAGAUAUUCUGUUAUCCAUAUUUUUUAUUUUAGUCAGAAUUUAGAGUUAAUAUAUCUAUUACAAAUAUUGUAUUGUGAUUUCGUCAGUGCUGCACUGCCACAACAUUAUGUGGAUAUAGUUAUUUGAUAUUUAUGCAGUCUCCUUGCAAAACUGUGAUUGUGUCUGGCAAAUUGACAGGACAACAAGUGUUUACUUGUAGUCAAGGGGUAAGAACCUUUGCCCUGAACUCCUAGCAGAGGUAUGGUUAUAGAUGGCUAGUGCUCUUAUUAUAUACUGUUUGUUGUCUGGUUCUUGUACAGAAUAGCAGUAUUGCCAAAAGCUGUUCAGCUUGUGUUCAUGACAACAUCACAACUUACACAAAUAUGUUGUGGAAUUUGCUCUUUUCAUCGGGUUUAAGGUCUCUGUCAGUCUUUUACCAUGGUUUGUGGGAUUUUCAACUUUUUUUGCCUCGUAUCAUAUUUAUUCAACUAUUAUAGCUUAUUUAAUAGAAUAUAUUUUUAUUUAUGAAUGAUAUUUUGCCGCUAAUUUGUCAGUAUAAGAAAGAGCAAGUAAAUUCGUCUAUAAACAUACUUUUGCAGGUAGUCAAAAAACUGUCAGUUUCAACUGACAUGCUAUUAGAAAGGUAUGCUGUGGUUCAAAUUUUGUAUGUUUUUGUGGACGACAUGUCCACACACAAAAUGUUGUUAGCACUAUACUUACUAAAUGACAACUUGUCUCACACAGCCAGUCCAGACACCUCUGGACAUGGCCAUCUGCACACAGAGAGAGGAGCAUGUUCUAGGGCUGGAGACAAUCGGUCGGAAUUCACAGCUCCUGCUGAACAUGCAGACGUUUAGUUUCCAUGAAUGUAUAAGGGUUAACUUCUCAGUAGAGGGGAUGUAUACAUUUUAUCGCUGGAUGGGUUGGCCUGGCUUAUCCAUAAGAGUUUAGUCUACUCCACACUGAUGAGAUCCAAAGCUCAAAUUAAGUAAUGAACUAUUUCAAGGAAGGGAUUUUUCUCUUCAUACAGAGUUCGAAUACUAAAGUGUGUACAGAAAGGGAUAAUUACCAAAGAGUUGGUAUGCCUACUUAUACAUUCAAGAGAUGUUGGCAUCUCGGUGUACAGUAUGGGUAUAAUUUUCUCUAAAUUCAGGAGAAAGUAAAUGUACCCAUUAUACCAAAUAGGAAUAUUUACCCUUAAAAUUAGGAGAGGUUAGCCUAUACAUAUGAAGGUGUGUAUAUCAACUUCUACAUUUAGGAGAAAUUGAAUUUACCCACUAUACAAGAGGGGUAUGCAUAUCCAUAGCAGCAUACCAUUAAUAUAGGGAUCUGUAAGAUGAAUAGCCUGUCCAAUAUAAGGUUCAUUUCUGUUCUUACAGUUGAGAGGGUUUGUGUACAUUCUAACGUACAAGAGUAUUUCCAGUGGAAAGUUAAUGAGUACUAUCUAGUCAUAAUGAAGUGAUUCACUUUCGUCAGUGGGCAUACAUUUUCUGGUCAUUUUGAUGUUUUUUUACUGGAUUGUACUACAUAGAAAUUGUGACUAUGUAGAAAUGUUGUGCAGGGAAUUUUCUUAUGAUGGAACAUGUUCUUGAUAGAUUUCAGCAUUUUAAAUUUUGUAUUUAAAGGUUUAUAUAGGCAUUUUUAUACUUUUGUGCAAAUUGAAGAUUUUAAAAAGUUAUUGCAUGCAAAGUUAUAUGUUAAUUAGUUUCCUAAUUACUGUUUUACACAUCUUUUGUCAUGUUCAACAGAUUUCUACUGUGAUUUUGUCCAGUUCAUAUGGUUCAUUAUUUCGUAGACCAGUGUAUAUGUGUGUGUGUGUGGAAUUACUGCAAAGUGUAACAAUCUUUGAUAUUUUUUUCUCCACUUCAUAUUCAAUGACAUUUUUUUAUAACAAAAUGUGAGAAGGUUUUUAAACAUGAUUACACUUAAUUAAGUGAGAGAGCUGCCAAAUUCUCUGAGAAUUCAUAAAUUAUUUUAUAUUUGUGAUAGAUCAAGGUUUAUCAUUGAUGUCCUAACUUGAAAAUACCUCAUUCUGUCACUUCGGUGAAUCAUUUUUCACACAGAAAAACUUUGCAGAAUUCUGAUUUAUCAUAUUAAAAUUGCUGAUACCUUAUAUGAUUUAAAAAAAAAAUCUAAUAUCAUUUACAUCUCCAGUCCUCGAAACUUAGAUUUAUGCAAUACAAUGAUUUAAUUUCGGUUAAAUUUUUUUUUUUUUUUUGUGGUAAUGAUUUGAAUAAGGAACACAUAUUUGGAAUUGAUUCAAUGUACAUAUUAGAUUUUAUUUAUUCAAUCAAGCAUAUUCAAUUGCUUGAAUUGCAGAGACUAAUACUUUCAGUUUAAAACUAAUUGUUGCUUAAGGGAAAAAGGCUCAAAAACAUACAGAAGAAAAAUGAAAAGUAUGAUGCAUAUUUGAUAAAAGAGGAAAUGAAAAUCCAGCAUUCGAUUUUUUUAUGGUAAACUGUAGUGCUAGAUUGUUUGUGUAGUUUGAUCUUUUUAUUAUUAAAAUGUGAGAGAGUAAUUUAUUAAAUAUUUAAAUACCAUCAGAAGGUGAAUAUUUUUACUUCUCUUUAUAUGUAAUGUGUGAAAGGAGUUGUAAAUGUCCUGUAUAAAGCUAAUUGGGUUGUGGAAACAGGAGAUAACUUCAUUUGUAGUGAAAAGAAUUCAUAGUUUUCAUUUGCUCAAAAAAUAAAAUAGAUUAGUUUGUUACACCUUUUAUAAGUUAUCCCCCUUAGUCCAGAUCCACAUACCUGUGUAUUAUAAACCUGUUUAUAAACAUUCAGAGAUUUAUUAUGGUGUAUUCCAGAUAUUUUCACAUAUCAUACAUUUUCUGCAUGCUUACAUACAAAUUUAUCCUUCAGUGAUCAUAUAAUAGCUUUUUUAUGUGUAUAGAGGCUAUCCCUGUCACUCAACUCUGCUAUUGAGGAAGAAACCAAUACUUUAGUUUGGUGUGGUGUCUUCAUAUAUUGUGUAAUCUAUCCAAUGGAUGGAAUUGGGUUCAUGUAAUUAUAAAUAUCUGUACGGAUAAUGUCGUAUGUCACUUCCAGUUUGAAAUACUAUACCCGUCUGUAAUUAUGAUGUUUAACAAUUAUGAUAAAAGAAAGCCUUUUUAUUUUUAUUCUCGACAUUUUUUAUACGUAAACAAAUAAUUAUUUCAUCUGUAAUCUGCCAAAUAUAAUUUCAGUAAAAAAGAGUGAAUCAUAUUUUUGUUACUAUUGCAUAACAGAAAUCAUUUUAAAAUCAAACUUGAUGUUGUCCAAUAUUGUAUAUUAGCGGAAAUAGCGAAAUUGUACACAUAUUUCAUUGUUACAUGUGUUAUAAAGCAUGUAUCUUUCUAUUUCCACUUUGUAAUAUUCCAGUUUUUGUAUUACACUUCAUAAAAUGUGUAAAUAGUGGAUGCAAAAUAAUUAAAAAAAAAAAAUGUAAAUGGUAGACUUAUUUUUGUUUAAGGUGCUAUUGUUUUGUAUGAAAAAAGGGAAAGCUUAAUUUAUAUUUUUUAAUUUCUUUGUUAAUAUGUUAUUGUAUUUUGUACUUUUGAUUAACCAUCUGUCUGUUAUCUGUGUUGAUACAAGCAAUGUUGUAUUUCUGUGAUUCUCCACUGCCGGUUUACUUAUGUGUAGAUCUGUAGAGAAAUACUAUCUACAACUGCCGUUUUACUCCGGUCAGAUGUUUCUUUAGUUCUGUAACAAUUGUGUUUAUCUAUAAAAGGGAAUUGAACGGAAAGUUUCUUUUUCUAUUUAAAUCUGUUUGUGGAAAUGAAAAAAAAAGAGGAUCAUAUUCUAGAUUUUUGUAGAUCUAUUCAUGGUAUUUUGUUGCAUAUACAAAAUAUAUAAAACAAUAUUUAAAUGUAAAUUAUUUAGUAACUAUUGUUGAUAUGUAGAAUUCCCCCACCUUGCAUUCCAGAAUUAUUAUACCAAACAAAAUUGUAAUGUAAAAAUUAAAGAUACUAACAUUAACUUAAUAUAUAUUUAACUCCUAAAAUAACUACCUUAUUUUUAUUAAAUUUAUUUCUUCUUUUGAUAUUCAAUGUUUGUUUAAAAAAAAGUCAAUUGUCCAUAAAGUUGCUUGGUUUGAAAAAAGAGGUAACUGGUAUAAAUUUGGUAUAUUGUAGCCAUUCAUGAAUAUUUUACAUACACAUUUCUACAUGUUGUCCAAAGGGAACCGGGAUUGGCUGAUGUUAAGUACCUUAUGGGAAGUGUUAGCAUGUCUGUGAUCAAUGAAUACAUGUAGGCAGUGAAUUGCUGACCAGUCUUGGUCAGUAAGUCUGGCCUGUAGCGGUCCGUAACAGAACAAUAGCAGCGGAGUUGGCUUUUAGGAGAACCAUCUAAUAACUCAUUAUAAUACUGCAGAAUAGAGUGACAGCUAAUUAAUAUCUUAAAGUAAGUUUUCUAUGUGCAGGUUCAUUAUUGGGUAUUGGUGCCUUUUUGUUAUCGACUGACUAGGAAUUAUUUAUUUACUAAUAUCACAGUUUGUAGUGAGUUAUGUUUUUGUACAGUAUGUGUCUAUUUUUAUAUUACUUUUUUUUCUUUCAUAGCCUUAUUUACCUUAUUUAUAUGACGUUUUCUUGGUUGUUUUCAAUACACAUUGUCAGACAUUUUGUGAUAGCAAAUACUAGUCCUGAUCAGUUAAGAAAAUUGAAUUUUGUUGUGAAUGAUAUCGAAAUGUUCAACUUUAACUGAAAUCUCUAAUUUCGUUCCCACAGACAAAACCUAAUGACUGGUAAGAUACAAUUUAUUUCCAUCAGAAAAACAAUUGGUUUAAUUUUGCUAAUCACAAUUCAGCCGAGGAUUACGCUACCUCAAAGUUGGAAAAAUACUGGUCAAGUGUUUGAAGGACAAUACCUCACACCUUUUGCCUUUUGUAGGUUGGUACUCUCAAACUUUAUCUGUGAUUCUUCAGGGGAAAAUUGCGAACCUUAUAUGACUGAGUACUACAUGUGAUGCUCCUAAUCCUGAUGGGUUCUGCUAAAAGCCAACAUGGUACAGGUGUAACAUUGGGGGUGAUGGGUAGUCUUGGGCAGAAAAUGGUAUCAUUCUUACUGUUUGAGUUGUGUUUAGUUUAAAGCAUCAAAUUAUUUGAUAGAUUUACCUACUUAAAGUAGAUAGAAAUAGUAAAAUAGUUUAAGUAAAAUCAUGUUAUUCCUAAGGCAGAACUUUCAACUAAAGGUGUUAGUGAAUUAUGGGGCUGUACAGCAUAAAAAUGUUUUUGAAUUUAGUAUUUAAAUUGAACUUUGUCUUCCGACAUUUAUAAAUUUUCAUUAUUAGAUGUCCUUUAAUAACUUUGAUCCAGCAAGGAGGUAAUGAUGUAAUGAUAGGUUUUGUUUGAGAGUAUUUGUGGUAAAAGUUAUAAGGAUUCCCCAGAUUAUGGUAGAAUGGUACUGCUAGAUGGUUUUAUAUAUCUUGAAAUGUAGGGCACUACUUGUAAAUUUGAAUUUGUAUUUCUGUUUUGAUAUGAGUUGAUUAAUGUUUAUUUAUUAGAUUUAUUUUUUCAUACUUUUUACAUGGUUUCAAUAUAACAUGAACUUGCGGUACUUUGUAGUAUAGUUCUACAACAAUUCCAGUACUAUAAUAGCGAAGGAUUCAGAAUCAGUACAUCACAGCUGUGCAAGUUCUCCGUGGGAAGUUUAAAGAAAUUACAUUUGAAUUUCUUUUGUCUUCUGAUUUCUUUUAUUUUUGUUAUCUACAAGUGGUGACGAGUUCCUCAGUGUAGGACUCUUGUGUGUUGUGUGUAUUUAAAUACCUUGCCACUAUUUUAGGCAUUACAUUGUGAAGUGUGACAGUAGAAAGGUGAUGUUCAAGCCUAGAUGUUUGUCUAGGAUAGAAUUUUAUAAACAAAUAAUUAGAAGAUUUUAUUUUUCACUGAUAUUCAUGUAUGCACAAAACAUGUUUUUAAAAAAAAAAACCCAAAAAACUAUUGCCUUGCAUGCUAGGUUUUGAUACCUCUACUUACUGCAAACAUCAGCGAAUGAAUUGAUGAAAGUCAGACCUUUAUACUUUUAUAUUUAUAAAUAUUAACAAAAUGCAAAUUUUAAAAAAAAAUUGUUUUCAAUCUGAGGAGGUAAUAUUGACAGUUCAUGCGCUAAUGUAAUGACCAUAUUGCUAGCGAUUGGAAAGUCACUGGAGUUACUGUAUAUGAAAUUUGUCAGCCUUUCAGAGAAAUACUUCAAUAGUAGUAUUCACAGAAUUCCUUUGGCCCCCUGUUACAGUACUCUGUGGGAGUGGAUUUAAAUUGAUCUUCCUAUUUAAGUACUGUAUAUGCUAGCAUGUGGAAGUACUGUAUAUGAAAUUUUGCCUGUACCCCCAGGGAAAUAAUAUAUAUGGCAUUUCCCUUCUCUUCCUAGGCCUGUAAGUCAAUUAUACAAAUCACAUGUAGGCCAACAGUAAUUACCUGGACAUUACAGAGAAGAAAAAAACUGUAAGCAAUUAGAAAAUCUCUGGACUUUACAAAAAAAAAUACUUCAUGCUAGCCUAUAGGAGGUAUGUUAGUCUGGAUGUCACUCAGCCUCACAGAGAAAAGGUUUUUUUUAUUAUUUUUUUUUCUUUUUGUAAUCGCCCAUAAUUUGCCAAACAGUGUACAAUGUUUUAUAAAAAAAAUUUGGAUUAUGUGCAACUUUGCCAAAGACUUACUUGCCAGAAUUUAGUCAUGCUGCAAAGAGACAAACUCCAUUUUGUAUCCAAGUUUGUCAUUGAAAACUUUGUUAGCUAAUACAUAUAUAUAUAUAUCAACAUCAGUAAACAAGCCCAAUGGAGGUCGAUGAUGACACACCAUUGUUAGUCACAAGGGGAGCAGUAUACCGGUGUCUGAGGAACAGGUGACCAGUAACCCAAUUUAUGAGGGUUGGUAUUGAGAAUGAGGAUUGGUAUCAGAGUGAGGGUUAAUUAGUAUCGUAGAGUGAGGGUUAAUUAGUAUCGUAGAGUGAGGGUUUUUUAUUGGAGAGAAUGAGGUAUCAUGUGAUUGGUGUGGUAUCUGCUCUUCCUGUCCCUGGUGGUGAUCACACUAUCAGGGACGUUAUCCAUAAGUGCAAUAUCUACAGUUACACUUUGUUUUCGUUAUUGAUUUGUUUUGUACAUGUAUCAUGUUAUAUAGAGCUAUAUAUAGCAGUACACUUGCCUCCUUAUUUUUCAUUGUUUAUGCUUAGUUUCAUAGUUAAAGGAAAUUAUAAGAGUGACUAUAUAUUUAUUUUUAAUUUAUACAGCUUUUGUUAUUUUAGAGCACAGAAUUUUUUUAAUUUAGAUUUUUUUAUCAUUACAUCAUUUAAGUGAUAAUUAUUUAUUAAAUCAGUACAAAAAAUUGUUUUAUCUUUUGCAAUACCUGUACUAUUUUUAAUACUUGAGUUUACACACAAGAAGGUGUACAUCAUAGCUUCAUAACUGACUUACAGUAUUAUUGGUAAAACAAUUUGCAUAAAAUUCUUUUUUUUUUAGUUCAAAUAUUGUAUAAAAAAAUUGCCGCAUACUGUAAAAUGCUGGUGGUUGUUGUUAAUUAUUUUUUUAACCUUUAUUUGUACAAUGAUAUAGCCUUCCAUAGAAAGCCUGUGGUGUAGUCAGUCAUAACGUAUCAUCAUCUGGUGUCAGUUCACCUACAUGUUUUUUUUAAUUCAAUAUAUAUAUCUAGAUAUAUAUAUAUAUUUCGAGGGUAUUGCAUGCAUCUGUAUUCCUGACCAAUUUCUCAUGAAUGUUGUGUUUGUAUAUGGGAAGUUUUCAAAUUUAUUUUUUUGUUGAAUGCAGAGUUACAAAGUGUCCUGAUGUUUCUAUGUUUUUAAUAAAGCUAAGUCAUUCUUUUAUAAUCACAAAGCAAAUCUGGUGUUGAAGGCUUAUUUCAAUUAGGAUAGUUUUGUAUUUAAUUUUGAUAAAUUACACACACACAAAAAUGUAUUGCACCAGGAAUUCUCAGUGUUAUCAGUUACUUUUUUGGAUUGGUCACAUGGUUUUGCUGCCUUGAUAUUUGAAAUAUUUUUUUUUUAAUUUUUAAAAAAAUAUCUUUCUAAGACUUUCACAUUUUGUGUAAGGAAUUCUUCAGCAAAUAAAAGACUUUCAGUAGUAA